UAUACUCGUGACGAGUUGAAAUUUAUGCAGAUAAACAAGUAGAGUUUACAGUAAUGGUAUUUCAGCGACUUGUUAUUCCCAUAACGGUAAAAACGUGACAGGUACAACAGAAGCAUAGUAGUCGGAAGGAAGGGAAACCUGUACUCCUCGCUUGCUUUCUUGAGGCCAUGAUUGGUAGUGUUCGUUAGUAUUCGUCUAACUGUUGCAUUGGAUAGUUUCAAUACUUUGCGUUCGUUCAUAGUACCUUUUUGAUAAUCUUUGAAAGAAUAAUACAAAUUGUGAUCGAAUGUAACCAACACUACAUCUUUAAAGGCAUCAAGAAAGGGAAGUACAUCUGUAAUUACCAAUGGAGGAGCCAGUUAGAUAUUUCAAAAUAUUGCUUAUUUAUGUAUUAUAGUUAUAAAAGACUUAAACUUACAGAUUACUUAUUUACUUUGUGUAAAUAUGUAUUUAUAAAAAUCAAAAUUUUUAAAGAAAACUAACAAAAAUGGAUUGGCAGUGGUUCAUUCUUUUUAGUUACAUGAUGAUAAGUGCAAAUGCAGAAUCAUUUUAUAGUAUAAUAGCCCCAAAAGUGGUCCGACCUGAUUCAGAAUAUCAUGUAGCAGUGAGUACCACUGGAAUAUCAGUAACAUCAGAAAUAUACAUUGAAUUAAAUGGAUUACUUAAUAAUGGAGAAAUAUUCAAUGUUUCUCAAAUUACAAAUGUGCAACCAUAUUCUACAAGAAUUUUACAGUUUGAUGUCGGCGAUAUUAUCCCUGGUAAAUACCAACUAGUUGCACGUGGACUGUCUGGAAUAGAUUUUUCAAAUUCAAAACCUAUUGAAUAUAUACAUAAAAGUUACUCAGUCUUUAUUCAAACUGAUAGAGCAAUUUAUAAGCCAGGAAAUAAAGUUAUGUUCAGAUGUAUUUUAUUGAAUUCAAGAUUAAGACCUACAUUAGAUAGACUAAUGGACGUUCAUAUUAUGGAUGGGAAAGGAAAUAGAAUCAAGCAGUGGGUUCGUCCAUCUGUAACACAUGGCAUCUUUAAUGGAGAAAUUGAACUAUCUGUGUCACCAGUUUUAGGUGUUUGGAAAAUCGUGACUAAUAUUGGUGAUCAAACUUUUGAAAAGGAAUUUGAAGUUGCUGAAUAUGUUCUUCCUAAUUUUGAAGUGACUGUUAAUACUCCUAAACAUGUUACAUUUAAAGAUUCAAAAAUUACAGCAACAGUUUAUGCUAAGUAUACUUAUGGCAAACCAGUAAAAGGAGAAGCAACAAUUACAGCACAUCCAGAUAUUUUUUCUGGUGUUAUUCAACCAAUAUAUCAGCAACCUGUGCGAAAAGUGCUUCCCAUUGAUGGAAAAGUAGUAGUCGAUUUCGAUAUUCAUUCUGAACUUAGGUUAACUGAUGAUUUUGAAAGACCAGUUAUGAUUGAUGUUACAGUAGAAGAAUCUUUAACUGGUAGAACACAAAAUACUUCUACUCAAAUAAUACUCCAUAAACAUAAAUAUAAAAUGGAAUUAAUAAAAACGUCGGAAUAUUAUAAACCGGGUUUAAAAUAUACGGCAUUUAUAAAAUUGACGUAUCACGAUGGAACACCGGUACAAGAUGAUAAGAAUCCUGUUUUAAUAAUGUAUGGAUAUACUUACAAUCAGUCUGCAUACACCAAUAUUACUGGUAUGUUAGAUAAAAAUGGAAUGAUACAGCUCGAUUUCUAUCCACCAAAGUCUAAGGAUAGCAGUUCAUUUCCUUUAAAUAUUGAGGCACAAUAUUUAAAUCUUCGAGAGUGGUUUCCUUCUACAAAUCAGGCCGUGUCCUUAAGUAAUGAAUAUAUUCAAGCUAUAUUAAAAACUAAAAAACCCACGGUUAAUCAAGAAGUGGAAAUUGAAGUAAAUUCUACAAGUCCAUUGAAAUAUAUUAGUUAUGAAAUAUUCGGACGUGGUGAUAUAUUGGAUGCAGGUUCUAUUUAUGUACAAAAUAAAUAUACGACAGUUUUUACGUUUGUAGCAACAUAUGUUAUGGCUCCUACUGCACAUGUGAUUGUAUAUUAUAUAGGAAAUGAUGGAGAAAUUAUUGCAGAUGCUUUAGAUGUAGAACUUGAAGAAGUCCUCCAGAAUUUUGUUGAUGUUAAAGUUGCUCCUGAAGAAGUUGCGCCAGGAGAAAAUGUUAAUUUAAUCAUUACUUCAAAACCAAAUUCAUAUAUUGGACUAUUAGGUGUGGAUCAAAGAUCUAUUUUGCUGAAAUCUGGAAAUGAUAUUUCAUAUGAACAAGUGUACAAAGAGUUAAAAUCGUAUGAUUUGGUACAAGAUUCACCUUAUGCAGAUUCAAUUUUUGAUCGAUUUUUAUGGAGUCCUGGUUCAGCUACUGCAAACGACGUUUUCAAGGAAAGUGGUGCUAUAAUUAUAACAAACGGAUACGUUCAUGAAAAUUUUCCAAUUCGACAACCAGGAAUAUUGGAAGGUAGAAUAACAGGCUCUUCUCACGGGGCAUCUACACUUCGACCAGAUCUUGGUCCACCUGUUACGCACAAACUAGCAACACGACCACCAUUGGCAGGUCCUUAUGCCUUCUCUCGCAUUCCACCUCCUGUUUGGAACAAGCCCCGUGUAUUCCUAAUGCAUGACAUCUUAAACACCUGGCUUUUUACAAACUUCUCUUCAGGGUAUGAUGGACGAAAUGAACUGAAAAGAAAUGUACCUGAUUCAAUCACGUCAUGGGUGUUAACGGCAUUUUCUGUAAAUGAUGUUCAUGGACUGGGCCUCAUACAGGAACCACGAACGUUAAAGGUUUUUAGACCAUUUUUUAUAACGAUGGAUCUUCCUUAUUCUGUAAUUCGAGGAGAAAUUGUUGCAACACAAAUUGUGGUGUUUAAUUAUAUGAACAAAGAUGUUGUAGCUGAAGUACUGCUAACAAAUGAAGGUCAAUUUGAUUUUGCAGAAAUUUCCAAUGAAGUACAUGAUGUACCAAAAUUAGAAUUGUAUCGUAAAAAAAAAGUAACUGUAAAAGCUAAUUCUGGUAGUAGUGUAUCCUUUAUGAUUAUACCACGAGAACUGGGGUAUAUUGUGAUUAAAACAACUGCAAAUAGUAUUUUGGCUGGUGAUAGUAUUGAACGCAAAUUGUUCGUUAAGGCUGAAGGAGAGACGCAAUACAUUAAUAAAGCUACAUUCUUGGAUCUUAGAAGUACAACGAGUACAUCUACUAAUUUAAUGGUUGACAUACCUAAAAAUGUUGUAUCAGAUUCAGAGCAUGUUGAAAUUUCUGCCGUAGGUGAUAUUUUGGGUCCGAGUAUUUUAAAUUUGGCAAAUUUAAUCAAGUUGCCAUCUGGUUGUGGAGAACAAAAUAUGUUAAAUUUUGUUCCAAACAUAAUGAUAUUAAAUUAUCUUAAAAGUACGAAUCAGUUGACACAAGCAGUACAAGGCAAAGCUUUGAGGUACAUGGAAAUAGGCUAUCAAAGAGAGUUAACUUAUAGACAUAAUGAUGGAUCAUUUAGUGCAUUUGGCAUGUCAGAUAGUAAUGGAAGCACGUGGCUUACUGCCUUUGUGGCAAAAGCUUUUAAACAGGCUGCUACGUACAUUCCAGUUGAAACUAGAAUAAUAGAUGAAGCUUUACAAUGGUUAUCAAAUAAUCAAGCUCCAAACGGAAGCUUUCCCGAAGUGGGAAGGGUCAGUCAUCGAGAUAUGCAAGGUGGAGCUGCAAAAGGACUUGCAUUAACAGCAUUCACACUUAUAGCUUUUCUUGAAAAUGCAGAUUCUAGCGGAAAAUACAGAAAUACAAUAAAUAAAGGCAUUGAUUACAUUGUUCGUAAUAUAAAUGAAUUAGAUGAUGUAUAUGCUUUAAGUAUAUGCGCGUACGUUCUAAAUUUAGCAAAACAUCCAUACGAAAAUGCUGUAUUUAAUUUGUUAGAAUCUAAAGCUAUGGCAAAAGAGGACCUUAAAUGGUGGAGUAAACCUAUACCGAAGAAUGAUAAAAAUCCAUGGUAUUCAUUACCUCGACCUGUGGACAUUGAAAUGACAUCCUAUGCUUUAAUAACUUAUGUGAGACGUAAUCUAAUCACUGAUUCUGUUCCUGUAAUGAAGUGGCUUAUAAGACAAAGAAAUGCCGAAGGUGGUUUUGCAUCUACACAGGAUACUGUAAUUGGAAUACAAGCUUUAGCCAAAUUAGGCGAACAAUUGGCAACAAGAAAUAAUACUAUCUCAAUUACAUUUACAUAUGAAGGAGGUGGACAAAGUCAUAUGAAUAUAAAUCCUGAUAAUUCUAUGAUACUUCAAAAGCAAGUACUCCCUAGGAAAACACGAUUAGUUAAUGUAACUGCUACUGGAACUGGGUUUGCCUUGAUUCAAGUUUCAUUUCAGUACAAUUUGAAUGUAACUGGAGCAUGGCCUCUCUUUACAUUAGAUCCUCAAGUGGAUAAAAACUCAAAUGCCAAUCAUUUACAACUUUCUAUUUGUUCUGGAUUUGUCCCCACUAAAGAAGCAAACGAAAGUAACAUGGUUGUGAUGGAAGUUAAUUUACCAUCUGGUUUUACUGUGGAUAGAGAUUCACUACCUAGUCUUGAAGUAUCACAAAAUGUAAAACGAGUUGAAACUAAAAAUGGAGAUACAAUGGUGAUAUUGUAUUUUGAUGAGAUGAACAGACAAGAAUACUGCCCUACAGUGUCUGCAUUUAGAACACAUAAAGUGGCAAAACAGAAGCCAGUAGCAGUUUCUAUAUAUGACUAUUAUGAUUCAUCAAGAAGAGCAAGGGUAUUUUACGAACCACGAAAGGCUACGCUUUGUGAUGUUUGUGAAGAAGAAGAUUGCGAAGAUUUGUGUGUUUCACAACCUGAUAAACAGAAAGAUUCUUCACAAUCUGGUGCUUCUUAUUUAUGUACAUGUAUAUAUCUACAGUCAUUAUUUGUUCUCUUUUAUGUUACAUAUUUUGAAUACUUGUAAUUAUAGAUUCUUCCAAAUUCUGCAUAGCUUUCUUAUACAGUAUAAUGAUAAAGUUUUGUAAAAAUGGCAGUUUAUAACCAAAGUAUAUUACAUAUGGAAAUCAAAUUCUUGAUGUUAAAUCUAAUUUAACAUAAACUCUUGAUUUAAAUCUAUUUAAAUCUAUUUAAUUAAAUGCUAUUUAAACUUUAAAUCAACUAAUUUACAACCAAGCAAAAUUGGUAAUUCAAAUUUUGUUUAAUUCUGCCUUCAAAUAUAAGUACAUAUAUUGUAUUUUAAAAGAUUAAGC